AUCAGACCCGGGGACCUGUGGCCGCAGCCAGCUGACCAUGGAAGGGGCAGGCUCGGGCCGCCAGCCCCUCAGGUGAGGACUCUGCGGGCUCCCACGACCGGCCCGGCAUGGAGGCGAAGAGAGCCCCUCCGGCCAGGAGACGCGCUUGCUGAGGGCUGCGGGCUGUCUUCAGGAGAGGCGCCUGCCCUGACGCCGGAGCGGGGUGCUGCAGGGCUCCAGGGAUGGGGAGGUGGGCCCUCGACGUGGCCUUCGUGUGGAAGGCGGUGCUCACCCUGGGGCUGGUCCUGCUCUACUACUGCUUCUCCAUCGGCAUCACCUUCUACAACAAAUGGCUGACGAAGAGCUUCCACUUCCCGCUGUUCAUGACGAUGCUGCACCUGGCCGUGAUCUUCCUGUUCUCUGCCCUGUCCAGGGCUCUGGUGCAGUGCUCCAGCCACAGGGCCCGCGUGGUGCUCAGCUGGACCGACUACCUCAGAAAAGUCGCCCCGACAGCGCUGGCUACGGCCCUUGACGUGGGCUUGUCCAACUGGAGCUUCCUCUACAUCACCGUGUCGCUGUACACAAUGACCAAGUCCUCAGCUGUGCUGUUCAUCCUCAUCUUCUCUCUGAUCUUCAAACUGGAGGAGCUGCGUGCGGCGCUCGUGCUGGUGGUGCUGCUCAUCGCGGGCGGCCUCUUCAUGUUCACCUACAAGUCCACGCAGUUCAACAUCGAGGGCUUCGCCUUGGUGCUGGGGGCCUCGUUCAUCGGCGGCAUUCGCUGGACCCUCACGCAGAUGCUCCUGCAGAAGGCUGAACUCGGGCUCCAUAACCCCAUCGACACCAUGUUCCACCUGCAGCCGCUCAUGUUCCUGGGACUCUUCCCUCUCUUUGCCAUAUUUGAAGGUCUCCAUUUAUCCACCUCUGAGAAAAUCUUCCGUUCCCAGGACCCGGGGCUGCUCUUGCGAGUGCUUGGCAGCCUCUUCCUUGGCGGGAUUCUCGCCUUUGGUUUGGGCUUCUCAGAGUUCCUCCUGGUCUCCAGGACCUCCAGCCUCACUCUCUCCAUCGCCGGCAUUUUUAAGGAAGUCUGCACACUGCUGCUGGCAGCUCAUCUGCUGGGUGAUCAGAUCAGCCUCGUGAACUGGCUGGGCUUUGCCCUCUGCCUCUCGGGCAUCUCCCUGCACGUGGCCCUCAAAGCCUUGCACUCCAGAGGUGACGGAGGCUCGAAGCCCUUGAAGGGGCAGGGCUCUAGCCCUGACCUGGAGCUGCUGAUCCGGAGCAGCCAGCAGCAGGAAGAGGACAAUGGGGAGGAGGAGGAGCAGCAGUACUUCGUGGCCCAGGGGCAGCAGUGACCGGCCAGGGCACCCGCUGGGCAGCAGGCACCUCUGGCCCUCACACUGGACGGCAGCUUGGGGACCCAGGAGGCUCUUCGCAGCAGCCCGGCGGCCAAGGCUAGGAGUCGCGAGGGCUGGACCUCUGGCCACACAGGGCCUCGCGUGGCAGGGCUGGGUCGGGAGCCCUUCACACCGGGAGCGCCUGGCGGCCUCGGACCGACUGAGCUGGCCUGUGUCCCGGCGGGGGCGGGGGCGGAGGCUGUUUUCAACUGCUGGCCAGAUCCUGAAGCCAAGACUGAUUUUAUAAAGGGAUUCCGAGGGAGGGGCUUGGAACUGCAGGGCAGUAGGGGACGGUUGAUGGAGAGGCUGGGGCCUCAUCACCUGGAAAGCGUCUUUCUGGGAGAACAGAGCUAUUUAUAGUUUGGAAAUAAAGGGUUUCCAGUCCA